AUGGCUCCGUCAGCACCUCCUCCUCCUCCUCCUGUUGCUCCUCCUGUUCCCCCUCCAAGCGAGCCGCCGUCUCGCCCGUCUUCGUUUGCGACCACAGCGAGUACAAUCAUGUCCUCCAUCAACCACCAUACCAGUCACCAGCCAGAUCGUCAGCGACUGGAUCCAAGCGCUUAUACUCUCAGCAAUGGCGGGUCAUCUGCCUCAUCUACUUCUGGAUCUCAUGGGGUUGUGCGCAUUGAUGACAACAGGUUCAAGUUUCAGGGCGAAUCGCUACUACCAAAGCCUCGACCAUUUUCAGGUGGAACCAGAAGAUAUCGAGCUGGGAGAGGGAGUAGUGUGCCAUUGAACCUGAGCGCUUUAGGUGGUUGA